GUAUAUUUCCCCCCACCCCGGUUAUUUUAUUUUCUUGAUUUUUCCAAAAAGAAGUUCGAUCAUAUAAAUAUACCCUCUAUUCUAUAUCCAACCCGAUCUAUAACUUCUCCUAGGAACCUUCACUAUCUAACUACCCUUGUUACAAUAUCCCGCUCCGGCGUCAUGGAUUCUCCCGCCGCCCCCGCUCCAUUGGAUCCGCAAGAACGACCAAUUCUCGACCGUCUACUGCGCACUCGUGACGCUCUCCUACUCCUCAAGCAGGAUAAAUCCUCCUAUAUCAAGUCUCGCGAUGUGCUCCCGCUAUAUGAAGAGGUGAUUACAGAGGUGGAAAAGCUCAAUGCCGUCCGGAAGGGGAAAGACCGCCGGCUACCACAUAACCGACUUGAUUAUGUAUUGGACGACUGCUUCCAAUUGAUCUCCCUACUCUUCUUAACGGUUGGACGGAACAACGAAGCUCCUGCGGUGUACUCUUUGGCUUCCACAGUUCAGAGACUUCUUGAUCAUCUCCAAGAAGCUGGCUUUUAUAGUUCUAAAGAUCUCAGCUCCAUCACCAAGACCCUUGCCCAUGUGCAUGAAACUCUCGAUCGCUGUCGCGAUGCGUAUUCGCCCGCCUUGUUGACACUUUUGGAGAGCCGUCUCGACAAAUGCCAACUUUCGUUAGAGAAGCUGCAGAGUGGUCUUGCUCAGCUGAGCCCCGAGCUUGUGGCUACACAUGAGACGCUUGUGUCAAUCCUGCGCUCAACGUCUGCCGUUAACACUCGUUCGAAGUUCUCCGCAUCCGAGGUACAUAGUCUACGAGAUCAGCUGAAGAAGGUUCAGGAUUCCUUGAAAGAUGGCAACUUUGUUGGUGCCGAUGGGCAACCUCUGCCGGGAAAUGACAGUGUGAAAGGUUUAUUGGAACGCUGUUGGUUAUGGACUGAGAUCGUCUUGCAACGGGAGGGAAAGAUUGAUGAGCGGUUCCAAGACCAAUACGAGCGACUGGUCGACAUUCGCAAUCAGCUUGACCGGCUCUCUGUAACACAAGCCUGGUCCCUCCGCGAGACGGAUCUGUUUGGUUACCAACGGAAGCUCGAUCGCAUUGACGAGGCACGCGUGCAUGGUAACUUUGUCGAUGCGGAAGGGCAACUGGCAGAUAUUCAUGCGCAGCGGACCCUUCUAUACUUGAUUCGGAGGAGCUAUGCAUACAUUUACGCGCUUUUAAUCUCGUCAGAACCGGUAUCUGAGGCGUUGUUACCGGUCUAUAACCAACUUCAAACGUUGAAGCGCUGUCUCCUUGAGGUCAAAGAGUCCGGCGGCGUGGCAAACUCACGUGAGCUGUACCCGUAUAGUAUGAAGCUCAAUUCUAUUGACAACAUGCGGGUGGACGGCAAGUUCUACGUGGGCAGCGACAUCCCCGAAGGACAGGGCAGCGUGAAUGCAUUAUUAGCCGAAUGCUAUGACAUUGUAUGGGAGCUGCGGGCGGCUGUGGUGGACGAUGACGCCUGAUUGAUCCUUUUCCUUACCGUAUCUCAUGUAUUAAAUGGCGGCGACCUGGAGGUAUUUGGUGUGACGAACUUGGUUUUGUUCGAUAGUGCGGUAGUUUGUUUCUGGGAUCUAUACCGGCGUUUCCUCCCUAUUUUUCAGGCGCAUUGCAGUACUAGUUGUCAUCAAAUCUACUAAUAUCAAAACUUAUCAAACUAGUAAUACCGUACCAUACCUGAAAACUGGCGGACAUUGGCAGUUUGCACAUGGGCUCCGUGUAC